AUGGCAUCGUACGGCUUCAACCAAUUCGGGGGAGGCCCGAACACCGGCAGUGGUGCCGGCAUCGACCCCAACGACCUAGCCAUGUCCGGAGGUCACGGCCAGCAGUACUCUUCGAACAACUUCAACGGAGGCUCUAAUGGGUUCUCCAGUGGCUCGGCUCUGUUCGGCGACGAGGAACUCCUCGAUACCCUAAACAGCCCGACCGAGCAGAACCAGUCCAACAUGCACGGCCAGGAUUUCAACGGCAUGAACGGCGUCAACAUGGGCUUCUCGCAAGAUAUCUACCCCUCUCAGAUGAAUGGGUAUUCGAACACGCCAGAUGGAGACCCCAUCCAGAGCCCCUUUGUUCACAGCUUCGGCGCGCAACCACAAUUCCACCAGAUGCAGCGCCCAUCCUUCGGCGCUUCCCUGCAGUCUCCGAUGUCCUAUUCGGGCUCGCCACACGCGACUGGCGAGGGCGAGGGCGACUUUCUGAGUGCCAAACCCCGGGCGCGGCUUACCCAGGCCCAAGCCCAGGCUAUGCAGCGUAAAGCAUCCAACACACGAAGCCCUCUUACACCCAACACGGCAGCUGCCAUGGCCGCUCUGACCGUCGGCUCCAACGAAUCCCCCGGAUUUGGAGCCCAGCCGAUCCGAACACCUAGCGGACAUCAUGAGAAGUCACCUUCUGGUCAAUGGAUGGCAACCCCGAAGAGCAUGUCAUCGUUUCCCGGAUCCGGUCUGUCGUCCCCCAUGCAGAACGGUUAUGCACACCCACAUCUGGCCGGCAUGAUCCAGAACGCUGGAACCUCGUUGCCUGCAAGGAUGGGUGGGGCCGCGUCCGGUGUCAAGACACAAGACGAGAAGCGAAGGCGCCGCCGCGAAUCUCACAAUGCUGUGGAACGCCGCCGACGAGACAACAUCAACGAGAGGAUUCAAGACCUUAGCAAGCUGGUCCCUACGCACAGAUUAGAAGACGAGAAGAUCAAGAAGCUGCUCACCAACGGCACGCCUCUGUCUCCAUCGCUGACCGGAAUGUCUCAACCCGCACAAGCUACUUCUGGCCUGGCUGGUCCAGGCGCAAAGCGUGCGACUGGCACCGGCAGCAUCACCACGGGGCUUCCCAUGGACGAGAAAGACAAGGGCCCCAACAAGGGUGACAUCCUCAACGGCGCCGUCAGCUGGACGCGGGACUUGAUGUGGAUGCUGCACCUCAAGAUCCAGCAGCAGGAAGAGCUCGUCAAUACCAUUACCGAACUCGGUGGACAUGUGCCUCUUGAGUUGACGGAAGAUGAGAAGCGCAUGCAAUCAGAACUGCUCGAGGCUAUGGCCAAGAGCGAACCACAUGAAUUCUCGUAUUCACGAUUCCUGGGGUCGGGUCUUCGCGUCCCACACCACACGGACUUUAGAGGUGAAGCCCUCAAUGGCAGCAGUGCCGUUGACGCUAUCUCCGUAAGUCCUGAUGACCGCAGCCCUGGUGACCUCGACGCGGAUCUUGGCAGCACCGACCAAUUCUGGCUGGACCCCGAUGAGGUCAAGGAAGAAGAUGAAUACGCCAUGGACAUGGCCCUCUAG